AAGAUAACCUUUUGAAGGGGAUUUAUGCCUACGGUUUGUUGCAUUGUUCCAUGUAAUCUUCUGUAGGGUUUGAAAAACCUUCCCUAAUUCAACAGAAAACUAUCAAACAAAUAAUUUUAGGAAGAGAUUUAAUUGCACAAGCUCAGAGUGGGACUGGGAAAACGGCAACAUUUAGCAUAGGAACUUUGCAAAACAUUCUCCCCGAGAUCUGUCAAAUUCAAGUGCUAGUCUUGGCACCCACUCGCGAAUUGGCUGUCCAAAUACAUCAUGUUAUGUCAUCAUUGUCUGAUUACUUGUCUAUCAGAUGUGUCGCCUGUUGUGGUGGGCGAAACAAUACUAUGCAAAUGGCUCGCGAACUUGAUAAGGGAGUACAUGUUGUCGUUGGUACUCCAGGUCGAGUGUUAGAACUUCUUCGACAAGGUAACAUACGUUUAAACAAACUACGUUCUUUGGUUUUGGAUGAAGCUGAUGAAAUGUUAAAUAGAGGAUUACACGAUCAGUUAGAGGAGAUAUAUCGCCGCCUCCCAUCUCACGCUAAUUUGAAUAACAAAAAGUCUGUCAAUUGUCAAAUUGUUAUCAUCUCAGCUACAAUGCUUAAAGAGCAUUUAGAAUUGUUUCAAAAUCUCACAUCUAAUCCUGUUUGUGUUCUUGUACCAAGAGACGAACUUAGUCUUUCUGAUCUUCAACAGUUCUAUAUCGAUGUUGGCUCAGAGGAGUGGAAAUUCGAAUCGUUAAAUGAUUUAUUUUCCAGUGUUUGUGUUUCACAAACUGUUGUCUUUGUUAAUACUCGACGAAAAGUUGAGUGGCUUGCAAAUCAGUUGAAACGAGAAGGCUUUACAGUGGCUGCUGCUCAUGGUGAUCUUGAUCAAAGUCAACGAGAGUCAGUUAUGAAACAAUUUCGUUCUGGUGAAUGUCGUAUUUUAAUCAGUAGUGAUAUGUGGGCUAGAGGCAUUGAUGUUCAGACAGUGGGAUUAGUUGUGAAUUUUGAUUUGCCAAUGAAUACCAGUGAAUACUUACAUCGUAUAGGCCGUUCUGGGCGUUUUGGACGUACUGGUUUAGCUGUGAGUUUUAUUGCCAAUGCUGAGGAGCGUAAACAGCUUUUAGAAAUUUGCAAUUAUUAUCAAAUUGCUAUUCCACCAGCACCAGCUCGUUUGGACAAAAUGUUAGUCACUAAUAAUUCUGUACACAGUUCCCCCAAAAUAGCAAAUUCACCAUGUAAGUCUGAUACAAACAACGGUCAACCUGUACAACACCAUCAACUUGCUAAGCAUCUAAAACGUAAGAAAAAACAACGCAAGAGGAAAAAACUUGAGCACUGCAAAAUAAAAUAAACUUUGUACAUCUGUUUCUAUAGAUUAAUGCAUAUGUUUUUUUUGUGUUUUGAAAACCAAAGGUUUUCUGUCUAAUCUGUAAUGGCUUUCAUGAAGGUUGUCAAUAACAGUCCAAAUCCAGUCUUUCCUAGUAAAAAUGACAGUAAACGGUAUCUGUAUAUUUCAAACCACCAAUAAUUUCAGCCAAACGGACAUACUGUUACCAUUUUUGCAAGCGAUAAUUUUAAUACCAUCAACGUCGAGUAUGAUUAUUAUGCCAUAUUCCUAAAUAUUUUAUUGAUGUUUUAGCCCUGUACAAAAAUUCAAAAGAAUCUGUCUAUCGAUUAUAAAUGUUGUUGUGUUUAAUUUACUCUAAAUCAUCCUUUCCCAUUACCAUUUUGUCAUUACCUUCGCUAAUGUGCUCGACGUCGAUCAAUCCUUUAGCUAAGGUUUACAGUUUUGUGAUAUUGUUCAAUGUCAUGCUUAAGAUCGGUGACCAUCCAGUGAUCGGUCAGCAUCAAUAUUUCAGUCCUACAGGAGGUAAUUCUCUGCCGGCACUUUUGAAUAUUGACAACCCAGACUGAAGCUUGGUAACGUAAACUCAAAUCACAUGAUGAGUAUCAGUUCCCUAGUGGGUGCCUACUAAAACCUAAUCUAGGUCCAGGUUUUCCUACUGACUUCGAACGAACAUGUAACAUCAGAUACCUUAGUUACAGUAUUUCAGUAAUACUAUCAUUUCCUGUGAAAUUCUUAUGACCCUAAAUCAUUGCGUCCUAGUAUGUAUCUCCUCGGCGGUGCGCAUCUACGACUGUUACUGGAGAUCGAACCCAGGACCUUCGGUCUCAUAUGUGAACGUUCAACCUCUGAACCAUCGAACUGGGAUCCAGUAGUGUAUAAGUCUAACCUCAAUCAAUCCACGAUAUUGCGCGACCACGUUCCGUUGCCUUCGAUGGGUAACUCAUUUCUGACACAAUUGAACUCCAUUGGUCACGGCUUCUCACUAGAACUCUGGAAGUUCCUCUCAAAGCUAGUCAUCAGUGAUCGUACGGGGGUGGCAGUUGUGCAAGUUGUUAACUAUUAUUGAGAUCAUGAGCCGAUCUAAGUUAGACAACUAUUGAGAACCUCUCAAUAAUAUCAUGUAAUAAUUAAAGAGUCCUCUUACUUUAAAUUUAAUUAUUGAUAUUAUAGAGAAGGUCGUGAGGAAUUGUUUAAUUCAUAGUUUUUGUAUCACUGAUUGAUCUUUGUCUCACAUCUAGUUAUUUUAUUGCUUAUUUUAAUCAAUAAAUUCAGUAGUAGUUGUUAAGAACGUGAUUAACUGAAUUGUUUAUCCUCAAAUCAUUCACUUCUGUCGUAAUAAAAAGAGUUACAUUUAAAUCGACAUGUAAUAAUCUCACGGUGAUGCGAACACUAAUUCUCAUUAUACAUUGGAAAUAGUAAAAAGCAAUCAUGAUAACAAGAUUAAAAGAACGUUAAGUCCUCAUGCGUUACUUUUACUAACAAAAUGCAUAGAAAUACCGUUACUACUACCAAUGCGGUGUGCGCUACAUAUACGGACAAAUAUAAGUUGUGUGUAACAGGAAUUGAAAGUGAAAUACUUAUCAGUAAAAGAUUGAAAUAAAGAGAAGAGAAAGGAAUACAGAGAACGAUCAGAAUAACAACAGGAUUGAAAGAAUGGAGUAUGUAAAUGAAAACUCAAGGGAAAUGUGCGAAUGAUGUUUUUAAUAUAUGAUUUUCAUAUUUUACAAAGGUCGUGAUUUUUGCAUAUAAAAGUGAGUCUGUCUACCUUACCUGAGCUUUCAUUCACUACACUAUUACUAUUGGAUACAAAAUACAUUCACCGUAAAUUAAGUGAAAAUGGUGAUUAUUUUAAAAUGGAAGUGAUGUUGGGGUGUCAAAUAUGAUGUGAAAGCCAGAGCUCGAAAUGAUAUCUAGUGAGAAUCAUACUCUUAUAUGCAGCGGUUGCUCAAUAAAUAAACGGAAAAAUGCUUGAUAUCUCACACAUAUUGAGAAGCAGAUGCGCUACAAAUUCAGACAUAUAUCCUACACCAACAUUUUACUCACACAUUGUUUCAUGGUAACUACAGACUUCUAAAAUGUCGGGAGUAAAUUUGAUUAAUUAUACAGAUAAAUUAAUUAGGUUGAAAAAUCUAAUUGUUAAAAAAAAGUGUAAUUUCCAGUGAUUUAAAAUUCGCUGGCUAAAGACAGUAUGAAACUAAGAAAGUCCACUAUACAAAUAGCUAGUUUUCUACAUUCUUUAAGACUGAUCAGUCAUUGAACCUGGUUCAUUCAGAUUCGUUAAUGUCAAUAGAUUCAAAACUUUGUAUAAGGUCAGCUUUUUGUUGAAAAGAAUAAGAUACUUUCUGAGUAUUCUUACGUGACGUAUUUAUCUGAUACAUGUUUAGAUAUUUGACUCAGAGUUGCAUGGUUCUUUGAUGGUUAGUGGUACUAUUAGAUCUUUCAAAUUGAUUAGCUACAAUAAGAUAUCAAACUGUAAUCUACUGUUGAUUUAACUACUAAGCCACUGUUAACAUCAGUUAUUCUCUUCUCCAACUCCCUUUUUGUGUCUAUUGAUUGCGUAAUAUUUUCUAAGCGUAGUCAUGAACUUGUGACAUCGGAUUUAUUCGUUUUGGUGGAUCUCAAUAUUUACAGUAGUUACUUUCAAUUCUUUUGUUAUGUAUGUAUGUUUGUUGUUUCUAUAUUUGGUGUUCUUCGUUUUCAUUCAUACUGUCUUCCAUCGUAAUUUCGACACAGCUAUUGGCUGUUAUACAUUAUUACUGUAUGUUGUUAUGGAUAACUCUAUAUAUUCAUUUCAGGAAGUAAUUUUCUCUGAUCAUGCACAAAUCUUGUAGACACUAUCAGUUAAGUUUUAUAAUCCACUACAUACACUUUCGUAAUAACAGUCGUAUUAAAAUUUUGUGAUGUCCGUCCCGCUGUCCAGUGCUUCUUAAUUUGUAAUUUCAUCUUGGCAACCAGCAAGUGAUGAUCUGAUGCUAUAUCAGCUCCUCUCCUG